UAUUUGUAUUGCAAAAUACUUCCACCUUUCAGAUGGCGUCAAACCAAACGUCAUUCUAGUCAUUUUUGUCAUUGGUUGUGACUAGCAGAAAAUUCAUAAGAAUAUUUUGCGCUUGAAAUAAAUUACGCUACAAAAUCAAAAAUGUUCAGAAUUUCAAAAAAAUCAGCGACGAUAGUAGCCAAAAGUCAACAUUUUGUAUCACUUAGAUGUUGUCGAUUAUUUUCAACUGCGCAUUUAUCUCAACCGAUUCAGGCUCUGCAGGGUGACGAGAAGGAUUGGGAAACAGCCAAAUCGUAUCAGUCGAUUCCUGGACCGAGCGCUUUGAAAAUGAUGACACGAUUUUUGCCCGGAGGAAAAUACCACAAAAUCGAAUUGAUUGAGUUGCACCGGAAGUUGAAAGAAGAAUACGGCUCGAUUUCCAAACUCCCAGGAAUUUUUGGGAAUAAAGAAGUUGUAAUGAUUACAGACUCUACUGACUUUGAGACUGUUUUUCGAUCUGAAGGCAUAUGGCCUAAUCGUCGUGGAAUCAGCACAUUCAAUCACUAUCGAUUAAAAAUUCGUCCAGAUAUUUUCAAAGAUAUGGGCGGUUUAAUUAACGAACAAGGCAAACCUUGGGCUAAAAUGCGUUCGAUCGUAAGUCCGAUUAUGCUUAAACCGGCAACCGUGAACGCAUACAUACCGGUCGUUGAUGAAAUCGCCAUCGAAUUCUGUGAUCGCAUUAAAACAUUACGGGACUGUAAAAAUGAAUUACCCGCCAAUUUUCUGUAUGAAUUGAAUAAAUGGUCGCUAGAAUCGAUAGCAUUGAUUGCCUUAGAUCAACGUUUACACAUCCUUGAGGGCAAAGAAGAUGAUAAAAAUAGUAAGGCGUCUCAAUUGAUUCGGGCUGUUGAUGACUUUUUUACACUUUCCUUUGAGCUUGAGAUGCUUCCAUCACUUUGGCGCUACAUAGAAACACCCAAAUAUAAAAAACUUAUGAAUGUGUUUGAGAACAUGACCGUCGCAACGAUGCAUUAUGUGGAUCAAGCUUUGGAAAAGUUGGAUCAGAAUGCUUCAUCUAAUCAAGACCGUGAAAAGAGUGUUCUUGAGAAAUUGCUGAAGAUUGACAAGCAUGUUGCUGUUGUCAUGGCCUUAGAUAUGCUUCUUGCCGGAGUUGAUACGACAUCAUCAUCAACUGCUAAUCUCUUGUAUCAUUUGUCCAAAAAUCCUGAGAAACAAGAAAAACUACGCGAAGAGCUCCAGAAUUUGCACACGGACGCAAAGGGACGGUUAACACCAUCAAGUUUUCAAACGGCACCAUAUUUACGAGCCUGUUUGAAGGAAUCAAUGAGAUUAACACCAAUUACAGCGGGAAAUGUGCGGGCUGCCGGAAGAGAUCUUGUACUGAAAGGCUAUCAAAUACCAAAAGGAACUGAUGUCAUAAUGACGGGUAUGUUGCUGCAUUAUGAGGAGAAACACUUCAAAAAACCGACCGAAUUCAUGCCAGAACGAUGGCUCAAAGAAGGCACUCCAAAUGCUUGUCCAGAAGCGAAAGCAUCAGAUCCAUUCGUCUACCUACCUUUUGGAUUUGGACCACGCAGUUGCGUUGGCAAACGAUUCGCCCAAAUGGAAAUGAAUGUGCUGUUCACGCGAUUACUGAGAAAUUUUCGGAUUGAAUUUGACUAUGGACCGCUAAAACAUCGGUACAGUUUUGUUCUGUCUCCAACUAAUGACUUGAAAUUUAAACUCAUUGAAAUUUCUGCGAAAAUGUUGAAAAUUUCGAAGAAAUCUGUAGUGCAAAUACUUAUUAAUCAUGAAUUUCCUGCUUUUCAAUGCUGUCGACCUUUCUCCACAAAGUUGUCCCAGCAAGGGGAAAGUUUUCAACAUGUGUGGGAUAUAGCUAAGCCAUAUAAAUCCAUUCCUGGUCCGAACGUUCUAAAAUUGCUGCUUCGAAAUUUACCCGGUGGGAAAUAUUAUAAAACAGAGCUCGUCGAUUUGCAUCGAAAAUUCAAAGAGGAAUAUGGAGCAAUUACAAGAUUACCCGGACUUCUGGGCAAUAAGGAAAUUCUCUUGAUAACCGAUCCCGAUGAUUUUGAAACGGUUUUCCGAAAUGAAGGUAUAUGGCCAAAUCGUCGCGGUAUCGCCACAUUUGAACACUAUCGCCGAGAGUUGCGUCCUGAUAUUUUCAAGAAUUUAGGCGGUUUACUAAAUGAACAAGGUGAACCGUGGGGCAAAAUGCGUUCAAUGGUUAGUCCAAUUUUGUUGAAACCGGGCACAGUAAAUGCAUACAUUCCAGUCGUUGAUGAGAUUGCCAUCGAAUUCUGUGACCGUAUUAAAACGUUACGAGACGAAAAAAACGAAUUACCAGCAAAUUUCUUAUACGAACUUAAUAAAUGGGCUCUGGAAACGAUUGCAUCGAUUGCUGUGGACCAACGUCUACACAUUCUUGACGGUAAAAAAGACGAUCAAACUAGUCAUGCGAGCCGAUUGAUCAAAGCCGUUGACGAUUUUUUCACAUUAUCUUUCGAGCUUGAUGUGCUACCAUCACUUUGGCGCUAUAUGAAGACAGCUAAAUAUAAACAACUUAUGAAAGUGUUCGACGAUAUGACCGAUGCCACAUUAUACUAUAUCGACGAAGCUAUUGACAGGCUGGGAAAAACUCCGUCUGAUCCCAAUCGAGAGCCGAGUGUUCUCGAAAAGCUGCUAAAGAUUGACAAACAAGUUGCAAUGGUGAUGGCAUUGGAUAUGUUUUUUGCUGGUGUUGAUACUACAUCUGCAUCGACGGCAAACUUCUUGUAUCAACUGGCAAAGAAUCCCGAUAAACAGGAGAAAUUACGUGAAGAGCUUCAGAAUUUGCAAGUCGAUGGAAAUGGACGAUUAACGCCAAGCAGUUUCUUAACAGCACCAUAUUUGCGCGCCUGUUUGAAAGAGACAAUGAGAUUAGCACCAAUAGUAUCGGGGACAGCGCGUGCGGCGGGAAAAGAUUUAGUAAUCAAAGGCUAUCAAAUACCAAAGGGUACCGAUGUUGCGAUGGCGAGCAUGCUGUUACAUUACGAUGAUGAACAAUUUAAAGAUUCUAGUAAAUUCAUACCAGAGCGAUGGCUCAAAGAAGGCGCUCCGAAUGCUUGUCCAGAAGCGAAAGCAUCCAAUCCAUUCGUCUACCUACCAUUUGGAUUCGGGCCACGCAGUUGCGUUGGCAAACGAUUUGCUGAAAUGGAAAUAAAUGUGUUGCUCACGCGAUUGUUAAGAAAGUACCGAGUUGAAUUUGACUAUGGGCCGCUGAAAUAUCGAUAUAGCUUCGUGCUAUCACCGACCAGUGAUUUGAAAUUCAAAAUCACUGAAGUCUAGUGGCUGUGUGUUUGUGUGUGUGUGUGUGUGUGUGUGUGCGGGCGAGUGUGUUCUAAUCAAAUGUAUUGAUUAAUUGGUAUUAUAUUCAAAACUUUGAUGUAAUUUCGAUCACGAUAUUCAUGUUAAUAAUAAACAAAAUGUAAAUUUAAUUGGUUUUUGUUAUGCACAUACUAUGUACAGUACAUGUAACAAGUGAAAUUAAAAUAUUUUCAUGAAA